UAACAAUGGGUAGUGGAGAUCACAAACACCACCAUCACCAUUUGAAUUUCCAUGUUCAAGUGCAUCUACCUCACAUCCAUUUUCACCAUCACCAUCAUCAUCAACACGAACAUGGUAUAAAAGAAAUUAUGGGCAUCCCAAAGGGGUGUCUUCCAGUAUUGGUAGGUCAUGAUGGAGAAGAACAACACAAGUUCAUAAUCCCAGUGAUAUACAUCAACCAUCCACUUUUUACACAAUUGUUAAAAGGUAAUGAAGAAGAAUGUGAACUUCAUCAUGAUGGACCUAUGAAUAUCCCUUGUCAUGUCGAAGAAUUUCGAUACGUUGAAGGUAUGAUCGACAAAGAAACUCAUGCCACCGGACAUCAUAACCACCAUGCUUGGUGCUAUAAGGCCUGAGGUUUACGAGUUUAACU